AAGCUUCCCUUAGACCCACCUGACCAAGAUGGCGCCCGCAUUGACAGGUUUCACAAUACCAGUCAUUUUAUUGCGUCGUCGCACGCAAGUGACGUAACCGGCAGGGCACGUUUGUAGCACAUGAAUUCACAAACAUUGCUCCUCAUAUGAAAAAGGUAACAUGGCGAAGAAUAAACAGAAAGGAAAAAAACAGAAGAGUGUCUUCCAAGUAGCAAACAGGCAUCUGAAGAUGAAGAACAAAGCAAAACCUGUCACAACAUCUCUAAAAAAAAUCAGUGCAAUGAAAAAUGAGAAGGUGGAAAACCUAAACCAGAUAUUUACGGAGGUGCAGAGGGAUGUGAAGAGCAUUUCCAAAAGUGUUGCUCCGCAAACAAAGAAACAAACACAGGGUCCGAAAGAGCCACCAAAGGAACCGGUAAAUGUUGACAACGCUGCUCAGCUUUUCUCUCAGCUUUAAUGGAUCAAUCCUGAUGAGUGAUUUAGUUUUUUUCUGAUGGACUUUGUCAUUAAAUGUCAAAAAGAGGAAUGAGGAUUUUCCUCCAGCACCAGCAUGUUGUUUAAUCCUUCGCUGCAACUGAAGAAGUUUGUAUAUUGGCAGCAAAAAAUGAGACUGUCAACAAUGAAUAUUCUGUUUUUGUUCUUGACUAAUUUUUCUACGUUUGCACAGAUUAACAAAACAAAAAAAGGAAAUUUAAAAGAAACGAGUGAUGUCUUUGAAUCAAACAACACUUCAUAUGUUUGUAUAUUUGUCCUUGUGAAACUGCAGUAACUGUUUUUGUCAAACCAGAACGCGAACCAAACACAUCUGAAGUUUGCAUGAAUAUUUCAAGCUGUAUGCAUUAAUUAGAAUUAAAAUUCAGAAUCAAUUUCAAUUUAUACAGCCAGUUCUUGUUUUUCUUAAGUCACUUAAGUUGUAUUCCACCGAGAAAAUCUCCUGCUGGUUUGUCUCAAACCUCCACAUAGCCAAACUGCUUUAAUUAUCCCACUGACGCCUUUCGAUGCAAUUUCAUAUUGCCGUUGCUCUGUCGCCAUCUAGCGGCCAGAAUUACGCAUAGUCGUUGCAGUUGAGCCACUUUGCAUAUUAAAUACCUAAAUUUACAUCUGGUUUGUGUGGUAUAACAUGCCUCAGCGUUGAGUGAUAUCAUGCUUUGCCUUUUUGUAAAUAAAAAGUACAAAGAAAAUA